CGCACUUCAUCAAUACUAUCAUCAUGCACUCCAGCUUCUUUUUCUCAUUUUCAGCAUUGGUUGCUUCAGUGGCAACUGGCGCUGUCAUAAACCCCAGAUAUGGAAGUCCUUGGACAACGGUCAAGGACCAUCGCCUCAUCCAUCAAUUCCCCAAUGGAACAACGGUCGAAAACAUUGCCGUUCGGUCCAAUGGAAAUCUCCUCGUCACCUUGACUUCCAGCCCUGAGCUAUAUGAAAUCGAUCCAUUCAACCCAAAGAGUCCAAAGUUGAUCCAUCACUUCACUGGGAACCUAGCUCUUCUAGGCAUAACAGAAGUGUCCCCGGAUGUUUUCACACUCAAUGCAGGCAACUUCUCUGCUGAAAUUGGUCUCUCUCCAGGAUCAUGGGCGGUCUGGCAAGUAGCUUUUCACAACGAGCAGACCAAAAUCUCAAAGGUUACCGACAUUCCUGAAGCUCAGUUUCUGAAUGGCAUGACUACCCUUGAAUCCACCCCCAAUACCAUCCUUACUGCCGAUUCAGCUGGGGGCGUCGUCUACAGUGUAAACACGCACACUGGAGAAUACAAGGUGGUGCUUGAGAAUGAUGUGUUCAAGCCUGCGCCAGGAGCUCCACUACCUAUCGGCGUCAACGGAAUCCAUUAUCUCGACGGUUAUGUUUAUUACACAAACUCCUUUGAUCCUCUCUUUGGGCGCGUGCCUGUCAGCAAAUCUGGAUGCGCCGUCGGAGACUACAAGACCAUUCUUACAGGAGUCUUCGGUGACGACUUUGCAGUUACACCCCAAGCAGCAUAUGUCGCUGGCAACCCAGCGAACGUGAUCACCGAGAUAAAGCUAGACGGCGAAAACAAAGUUAUCGCUGGAAAUAUCAACUCGAGCCUCGUUGCGGGAGCUACUUCAGUCCACUUUGGCAGGACGAUUCGAGAUAAGCAUGUGCUUUAUGUUACUACCACCGGCACCGUCAACGCAACGUUCGUUGAAGGUGGAAAGAUUGUGGCUUUGGAUAUUUAACGAGAUAAUUGGGGGCUUGAGUGGCUGUGGAGUCUAAGGGAUCUUGUGGACUUUUCUUCUCUUUUUAGUUGGAGGGUCUUUGAAAGCGACAGGGACAAAGGAUUAACAAGAUUCAAUGUCGGCGAAGCCGGUAGGAAUGACUAGCUCACGAUAGAUCCGUAUUCAAUAUAGACUAUAUAAACAACUGAGAUAGAGUUG